AACAACUCAUCUGGCAGAUCUUGCCCACCAUCUUUCUGAGGUUCGGGAGGGAGAGAGAGAGGGAGAGGGCGAGAGAGACCGAGACAGAGAGAAAGAGGGAGAGAGAUCCUGCAUCGAAAUGGAAGGAGAACUAAACACCUUUGUAAUGGUCUGGACAUCAGUCUUAGCAUGUCUCUGCUAUUCUCACACCAUAACCAAGGUUUUUCCCAAAGGUACCCUCAGAUUCUUAACUAUUUUCCCUGUUCUAUGCUUAUUUAUUUAUCUUCCUCUCUGUCUCAACUCCAUCAAUCUCGGAUGCAAUUCAACUUUCUUCAUUUCAUGGCUUACUAAUUUCAAGCUCCUCCUCUUUGCUUUUAGCACUGGCCCUUUAUAUUCUGACCCUCCUCUUUCUUUGACAAGAUUCAUCCUCUUGGCUUGUCUUCCCAUAAAGAUCAAGCACCCAAAUCAAGAAUCUAAAAAUCAACCAAAUAAAAAAUCUGAAAAUUACCCUUUUCUUGAAAUUGCUAAAAAUGGCCAAAAAUAUGAUUUAAAUGGAGAAUCUAAAGAGUACCAUGUUCAAGAAUUACCCAAAAAAGGCCAUAAGUCACUUUCUAAUUAUGCUAUCAAGUUUUUGUUAUUUUCUGCAUUGAUCAAAAUUUAUGAUUACAAAGAUAGUCUUCAUCCAUAUGUGUUGUGGUUGCUUUAUUGCUUCCACAUUUACUUUGUUCUGGAGUUACUAUUAGCCACGUUUGCCGCCAUUGCUCGAUCACUAAUGUCAUUAGAGCUCGAGCCACAAUUUGAUGAUCCUUAUCUCGCAACUUCACUUCAAGAUUUUUGGGGAAAAAGAUGGAACCUCAUGGUGUCCAACAUUUUGCGUCCUACAGUAUUUGUGCCUGUCCAUAAUAUUUCCACAAUUUUAAUCGGGAAGAAAUUGGCUGCAUUGCCUGCAGUGAUCGCCACAUUCUUUGUAUCAGGACUAAUGCACGAGCUGAUUUUUUAUAGCUAUCAAAGGCAGAAAACAAACUGGCAAGCAAUGGGUUUUUUUAUGUUACAUGGGGUGGCAUUGGCUGUGGAAAUCGGAAUUAAGAAGAUGGUGAAUGGGAAAUUCAGGGUACCUCGGAUGCUUUCGAGACCUUUGACAUUAACGUUUGUGAUUGUUACUAGCUUUUGGUUGUUCUUUCCGCCAUUCUUGAGAGGGAACAUAGCAGAAGUGAAGUCAUGUAAAGAAACUCUUGCUUUUGUUGAGUUUGUGAAGCAUGGUCGUUUGGUUGGUCCUGAUGAAUUUUCUUGUCCUUUCUUGUAAGGUUCAUUUUAGGUGUGUCUGAUUUGUACCAGAUGUAUAAGUUGACUUAGUUUGGUUCUUACAGAUUUGUUGGCAGAUUUAGACAGGUAUAGACUUUCAGCUACAGGCUCCAGGUGAUACUACCUGUGACCUGUGGUUCCCUUUUCUGGUUUUCCUUUCACUUUCU